UUCAACUCAUAUAUGGCAUAAUGAAAUGUGUUAACAUUAAUGUGGCAGAUGUUUAAAUGUUUCCUGAGAAGUUUUAUGUCAUUAUGGCCAUGACCGGCUGGUUCGUGUAAGGAGAUUGCAGGGUGUAAUCUGUAUGUACCAUCGAAGCCCAGCAGGUCAUUUCUGCUCGCCUUCAUUUCAUAGGAGUGCUUUAAACGGCAAUAAUCCUGGGAUUUCUCUGCCAUUAAGAGAUGGCUUUUGGAAGUGCUGAUGUUAGUGGAUGUGUGCACAUUUACGAACACACAAACGACAGGACCUUUUAAUCCAUUCAUGUUUUCACUUGGAAUGAAGCAGUACAGACAGAAUCAUGCUGGGUGAACUUGUGGAUCAACUUUUAUUACCUGUGAGUACAGGACCACCUUUACUGGAAAUGAUGGGCUGGUAAGUAGUUAAGUGUAGUAGUAAGUGCUAAUUUUGUGAUGUGCAAUGUUUGUGACGUUUAAUAUAAUGGAAAUACGUUCUGUAACAAAGAAAAUGUCUCAAUAUACAAAUGUUUUAAUUUAAUGUUUGUCAGAUCAACCAAUGGAUAUUUGGACUCGAUAUGCUAAAUGUUUUGUUUCGUUCUAAAAAUCCACAGCUGAGCGCAACCUAUGAUGUGUCUCAUCAUUUUUACUGCGUACUUCCUCCUCCUCCUCCUCCUCCUCCCUCACGCCCCUGCUAUAUGGUCCUGCACACGGUCCUGUCCACCCAGUUGCACGUGCACUCAGGAGAAGAACUGCAGCGUCCUGUGCGACCGCGUCAACAUGGUCGACCUGCCCAAAGAAUUCCCCUGCGAGGCCGCCUCCAUCAACCUCGACAAGAACAGCCUCAAGUUCUUAUCCGAGCGUGCUUUUGGCACUCUCCCUUUGCUCAGGUCGCUCUCAAUCGACCACAACAACAUCUCCUUCAUCACGCCAGGUGCGUUUAAAGGACUCCCCAACCUGCUGGAGCUGAAGUUGGCCCACAACGAGUACAUCCUUUACCUGCACACCCGCACGUUCACGUCACUCAAACGUUUGGAGCGCUUGGACCUUUCGGACUGUAACCUGUUCAACAUGCCAGACCGCAUCCUCAUUGAGCAAAUUUCCCUUAAGGAACUGCUGGUUUUUCACAACAACUUUCGACGUGUGCCGGGCACCAUACGGGGGAUGGAAAACCUUACACAUGUUUAUUUGGAGCGCAAUAAGAUUGAAGCGGUGGCUUACAACUCUUUGCUGGGUCUGACCAAUCUCAAAUACCUCAAUCUACAGGAGAAUCACAUUAGUGUUAUUCAUGAUGAAGCUUUUAAGGAUCUACUGCUUCUGGAGAACUUCUACCUGAAUGACAAUCUGUUGGUUGACUUACCCCAGCAAGCUUUCAAAGGCCUAAGCAACUUAAAAAUGUUAAACCUGGGUGGGAAUCUCUUGACCAACAUCUCCAAAACAUGGUUCAGUGAUCUGGUGUAGCUAGAAGUGCUGUACUUGGAUCGAAACCGCCUGGUUUAUAUCGAAGAGGGCGCUUUUCAGAACCUGACAAGCCUCAUCACACUACACCUCAACAGCAACAAUCUCACAACUUUGCCAUUCACCAUAUUUCAGCCCAUUUAUUUUAUCGGCCGCCUGUAUCUUUUUCGAAACCCCUGGGAGUGCAGCUGUGGCCUGAAGUGGCUCAGAGAAUGGAUGGACAGUUACAAGCUAGUGAGAGACAUUCCUUGCGCAUCGCCUUCCUCGGUGGCCGGCCUGGAUCUGAGCGAAGUGGUCUACGCCCGUCUGUACGGGACCUGCGUGGAUCCGCCAGAGCUCAACCUCACCACACCGGUUCCUGACUACACCACCACAGAGAACAAGUUCAACAGUCUCAUUUCCAAACUGCUCCAGCAGGAACUGAGAGAGGAGAUGAUCAACUCCACAAACGCUCUGAGGAACGGCACCCAGCAGGACUCAGCCGAGAGUCAGGUUUCUGCUGGACCCGGACUGUGUGCUCUUUAUAAAGUCUUGCUUCUUGUGUUACUUUUUCAAGCGCAGAUUGGCUUUCUGUCUGACUGCAUUAAUGUCUGUUGAGAUGCUUUCAAGAAAGAAAGUCAAGUAGAAAAACGUUUAGAUUAGAGGCUGUGAUUCACUUAGACAUUUUAUAUAUGGGUUUGGAUUUCUGAUAUUGGAGGAUUAGAGGUGACUGUGUCUUUAACGCGAUACUCGUGGCUCACAGAGACCUGGGUUUGAGUCAGACCCGCAUCAUGUCCCGAUGUCACGCCUCCUUUUUCACCCCCAUUCUCCUGUCUGCACUUUACGGUCUUAUUUCAGCAAAGGUAAAAAAAAAAAAGCCGGAAAACAUAUUUAAGGAGAGAAACAAGCAUGUACCAAUGAGACUUGAUUUCUUAAAAAGUGGAUUGUAAUAUUUAGUGUGAACUGCAGUUAUUGAAAACAAACAUGUUUAUGACAUUGUAUAAACACAAAAAACAACUAUUAGAGUUUACUUCAUUUUCUUGUGUGUUAAUU